GCGAGUGGAAAGGCGUUGUGCCGCAUCGCCAUGCAGAAUGUUGAUUGUAGAUUGCAGGCAGGGUAAUGUGCUCGCCAAGUCUGUCUAGUGCGCCUGCCGAUCGUCCCGUCCUAGUGGCUGGCUUCCGUUGGUUGGACGGGCACCGACCAGAACUUUCCUCCUCCAUUCUCCUCUCUGCAUUCUUUGUACAGCACACCGCUAUCACACAACUUCUGUUUCUAGCCACCGCGCCUUCAUUUGUUUGCUUCUGGGUCUUUUUAGGUCAAACGCAGAGAAAGCUCUACUCACACAGCAAGCCACCUCCGAGCUAAAGGACAACUGCGUGUUGGCGAAGCCGUAAGAACCAAACCAGGUUGCAGAAUGUCAUUUCUUACCAAGAAUCGAAGAACAAGUCCCCCCCAAGAUGCCUCCGAAAUCCGCGAAGAUCAAUUUCCCGCUGCUCAGCUCGGUCUCCUAGCACUGGUUCGAGUCGCAGAACCAAUUGCUCUCACUUCGAUACUUCCAUACGCAUGGAAACUCGUCACCAACUUCCAGGUUGGCUCCGAAGCGAAUGCACCGUUCUUCGCCGGUCUGCUCAUCUCCGCCUUUUCGCUCGCUGAGGCAUGCUCGGGCAUGUACUGGGGCUCAGUCUCCGAUCGCAUAGGUAGAAAACCCGUUGUUAUACUUGGGUGUCUAGGAACAAUGUCUUCUUUGCUACUUGUUGGCUUAGCUCCUAAUUUCUGGGUCGCCCUUCUGGGUCGGAUCAUCGGCGGUGCGCUUAAUGGUAACAUCGGCGUUAUCCAGACCAUGGUGGGAGAGUUGGUCAAGCGACCCGAACAUGAACCAAAGGCGUAUGCGGUCAUGCCGUUUGUAUGGAGCAUUGGUACUAUCAUAGGCCCAUCGAUCGGCGGAUAUUUUGCUGAGCCCGCUCGAAACUUUCCAUCUGUCUUCAGCCCCACUGGUCUUUUUGCCAAGUUCCCUUACCUACUUCCAAACAUUAUCUGUGCCUCUCUACUCCUACUCUCUAUCUUGAUGGCAUAUUUCCUUCUAGAAGAGACUCACCCAGACAAGCAGCCUCGAGGUUAUUUCGAACAAUACGACCCAGCCGUUGCAGAGACGCCGCUUCUCCCAGCCCAGGGUGCGACAGCUGAUGCAGCCGCAAACUUGACAGCAGAUUCUUACGGCACUUUCAACGCCGUAGAGGUUGAACACGACGAAAUCUGGCGUGUGCGCUCUAACGGAGACUGGGUAGAAUCGCCAACAGAUGAGAAGGUCUUCACACGUCCAGUCAUCUUAUUCGUCGUAGCACUGGGAAUCUUCACGUACCAUUCUAUGACAUACGAUCACCUACUUCCCAUCUUCCUCCAGGACAAACGCGCUGACAGUGAUAUGAAUGCAUUGGACAUCUCGCCUUCUUCUUUGGGCGGUGGCCUUGGUAUUCCUAUUCAGAACGUGGGCAUUAUCCUUUCCCUUAACGGCAUCAUUCAGCUCGCGAUCCAGGGCUUCGUCUUCCCUCUAUUGGCGGAUUGCUUUGGUGUAUGGCGCCUGCUCCUCGUGGUUACGCUCGCACAUCCGAUUGCAUACUUUAUUGUUCCCUUCCUGCAGCUUCUACCCGAAAACUUGCUCUACCCCGGUCUGUUCGCUUGCCUGACCGUGCGAAAUCUGACAUCGAUCCUGGCCUUCCCACUUCUCCUGAUCAUGAUCAAAGAAGCUACGCCCGACAGGUCGCAUCUCGGAAGAAUCAACGGACUAGCAGCGUCGACAGGUGCUGCCUGCCGUACAGUGGCGAGCCCUAUUGCUGGCUUACUCUACGGUCUAUCUAUUGAGCUACACUUCACACCCUUGGCCUGGUGGGGUUCCGCCCUGGUCGCAAUCUGCGGAGCUCUCCAGGUGCCAUUCCUGAAUCGCGCCGCGCACGAGUGUCACGCUCGUGUUCGUAACGUAGCUAGCGACUAUCUUACCAAGGAACGUCGUCGGAGUGAAGUAGUGCACAUUGUGGUCGAAGACGAAUAGUUAUGGAGGCAGCAACUUUCCGGACAUAGCGCGUAGACGCGCAACCAUAGAUUGGAGUAUUAUGUUCUCGCCCACUCGUUUUUGCGCAUAAAUUAGUCCUGCGAAACGCGAUUCAUCUUCAAGGCGUUUUGGGAGCAACGGCAAAGAUACCAGAAUUGUGCGGAUAUCAGUGCUGUGCAUUGGGGGUUUGGCGUUCACUGCAUUUACAUCGGUGUAGAUCACGGUAGAAAUUUGCAAAUGUCUACGUUCCAUGAACAUAGCAAUACGACAGGUUCCUUCUUGCAUAACUUUCCCGUGGCUGUCAUCGUCGGAUGCGUUACUAAAGAGACUGGGGUAGUCUUAGCAUAAUGUCAGUAUUUCAUGCGGAGUUCAAUUCUUGAAACGACUGGGUUGUCAUGGACUUGGGGAGUACAAGAAUAGCAACGUGUCAGGGCUCUCCGAAGGUACAACCCGACAAUGUACCG